AUUUAUAUAAUUAAAGUGUUUGAAUGCACUAUAAGAGCAUCGAUUAGCAAAAUAUGUUCAAAAAUUAAAAUUAAUUUUUAAUUUUGUGACCAAAAAAAUUUUUCCAAAGAAAGAGCAAAAAUGUCAAAACUUUUAGUCAAUCUAUUUAUGUUGAAAACCCGUCUCAUUGUCAACACAUAUACGGUGACAACACUUCCGAUGUAUUAUGUGAUCCAAAAGCCGUGGAGGACAUUGGCGGAGGCCAGGAGGUUGAGGACCAGAAAGUAUGAGACAAUCAAUGGUGAGCUGGUGUGGACUCGGAGUGAGCCCUCACCCGAUCACGUCUUCCUUCAGUACAACUCUUAUGCGGAAGUGUUGAAGAAUUUGAAGAAUAAUUACGAAUCCAAUCGUAUUAUGUUAGGCAAGAGGGAUGUCCUACGAGAGACCGUCGAAAAAGAUAUUAAUGGAAAUGAUAUCAAAAUCGACGGAAAAGUUUUACGAAAAUUCGUGUUAAGCGACAGUUAUAAGUGGUUAACACUGUCUGAUAUGAUCGAAAGAGUGGAUAAUAUCGCCAAAGGAUUAGUCAAAUUUGGUGUCAAGAAAGGGGAUAAAGUGAUCAUUUGGGCGGACACUCGACUCGAGUGGACAUUGUGUGCCUUAGCGCUCAUGAAAGUGAACGCAACUUUGGCCACACUUUUCUCCACAUUAGGAACUUCUGGUCUAAUAUAUGGCAUAAACCAAACCGAAGCCAAAACCAUAGUAACGACAUUUGAUUUAUUGCCAAAAUUGAAGAGUUUUCUGCACGAAGUGCCGAAUCUUAAGUCAGUUGUCUAUAUAAAGAAUAUGAGCGAUCAAACGAUUGAUAGUUUUGAUGAUAAUAUUUCUAUCAAAUCAUUUGAAGAGUUGGAGGAAUUGGGUGCAAAAGAUAAGAGUUUUCUCGAUUAUGAUUUACCUCAAGAUACUAAUAAAACGGCAGUUAUUAUGUAUACCUCCGGAACAACUGGUAAUCCAAAAGCGGUCUGUAUAUCACACAAGUCAUUGAUGGGAAGUCUUAGAGUACUUCUGAGCAAUACUACAAAUGAUAUGUCAGAGCAAGUGGAUAAUCACACGUAUAUGUCUUACCUUCCGUUGGCCCAUAUAUUGGGAUUUACUUUUGAAAUUUCCCCAUUUACAUUAACGGACUCAUCGCCAGGUCUGGCAAAAGGACAGUCAGGAGAUGCAAAACUCCUUCAGCCGACAACUAUGACAGCAGUUCCACUGGUUUUGGACCGAAUUUUGAAGGAGAUCUAUGAAAAACUGAACGCAAGGACUUCGAUAUCUGCACCACUUUUUACAUAUUUGAUGGAAUAUAAGAUUCGGUGGAAGAAUAGGGGUUAUGACACACCCAUUAUCAACAAAUUGAUGUGUCAAAAGAUUGCCGAAGCCGUUGGUGGCAAACUAGAGUACAUUAUGGUGGGCGGCGCCGCCCUUAACCCCAGGACACAGGCUAUACUCAAAGCGGCACUUAAUUGCAAACAAAUAACUCAGGGUUAUGGCGCGACUGAGACAUGUGGUGGUGUGGUGGCAAUGCACCGGGAUGAUCUGACAUAUAAUACAAUUGGCAUACCUCUGUCAGGAGUUAAUGCAAAGUUAGUCGACUGGUCAGAGGGUGGGUAUUUAACAAACGAUAAACCAUACCCUCGGGGGGAGUUAGUAAUCGGCAGCGAUCUGGUGGGAGUCGGCUAUUAUAAGGCACCGGAAUUAACCACCGAAUCAUUUAUUACGGAUAAGGAGGGUCUUCGGUGGUUCUACACGGGAGACAUCGCUGAGGUGUUGCCCGACGGAUCCGUUCGCAUAAUCGACAGAAAGAAAGACUUAACUAAACUAUCGAAUGGGGAGUACAUCUCAUUGGGAAAAAUCGAAGCGGCCCUCAAAUCAAGCAAAUUAGUGGAGAAUAUCUGUGUUGUGCCCAAUAGUGAAGCCAAUUGUGUGAUCGCUUUAGUCACUCCUAACAAUAAAUCACUAUUAAGUUUAGGCAAAGAAUUAGGAAAACCUGACAGUUAUGAAAGGGAACAGUUAUGCAGCGAUUCCUCUGUUUGUGAUAAAGUGUUGGAAAGUAUCCGAGAAAGCGCUCAAUUGAAUGGUUUGAAACGAGUGGAAACACCCGUCAAAAUAAAGUUAUGUCCCGAGGAAUGGACGGCCGAUAAUAAUUUAAUCACCGCUGCGUUUAAGCUUAAGAGGAAUAAUCGACCAGAGAUGGUGUUUGAGAGUCUUGUGGCGAAUCUGUUGAACAAAUAUUUGUCUCAAUUCGUGGACGAGUUGACGGCCAAACAGCUGAAUCUGUUUGCAUGGAGUGGUAACAUAUCCCUCGACAACAUCGCCGUCAAAGCCAAUGCCUUCGACUCCCUGUCCCUACCAUUCCGUGUCAUUCACGGCCACAUCUCGCGCAUCGAGGCAUCCAUUCCCUGGAAGUCCUUGUAUUCCUCGCCGGUUGUCAUCCGACUGUCGGACGUGUAUGUGGUGGCCGUUCCCAACUCCGGCGCCGAUAAAAAGAAGACAGACGACAGCUUUGCCACGAAAUUCGCGGCACAGAUCGUGAAGAAUCUUCAGGUGUUCAUCACAAACGUCCACAUCUGCUAUGAGGACAGUAUCUCAUGGCCUCAGAACCCCUUCCAAGUGGGACUCACUUUACAUAAACUCGUUUUCGAGACACAAAACGACGGGAAGUCCGCUAAAGACAGCAAUGAUAACAUUAUCUACAAAUUGGUUACUCUGGAGGGCCUGUCCUUCUAUUGGAACUGCACUAUGAAUAAGGCAAUGAAGAACAGGUUUUACCUACUGAGCAGCUUACGGCAGUAUAACCGUAAGCCCGAAGACGAUGACUACAAUAUACCGGUGCUCGACAUUGCCAUGGAUUUGGAUGUGUUUGAGUUGCGAAUGACUCGAUUGCAGUUUGAAUCACUGCUACUUCUGUUGGAUGCCAUCGAUCGCAUGAAUUUAGGCAAACCCUACCGCAAGUGGAGGCCAUACCUUCCCAUUAAAGGAAAUGCAAAGAACUGGUGGCGCUUUGCCUUCAACGCCAUUAUGGAGACGGAUGUGAAGCGACAGUCGAAGAACUGGCGAUGGAUUAACAUAUAUGAGCACAGACUCAAAAUGAAGAGAUAUCAAGAACUCUAUAAACAAAAACUUUUGUCUAAAAAUAGCGAUUCACUGAUUGUGGAGAUCGAAAAGCUUGAGAAGGAUUUGAAUUUGUUUACAAUAGUUUUGGCCCGAAGUCAGGCAGAAGUGGAAACCCAACAGAUCCUGAAGAAUAAGAAAGACGACACCAAAAAGAAGGGGUGGUUUUCGGGCUGGUUCUCUAAGGACAAGGAUAUUGUCGAAGACAAUAUUGUCGAUGACUUCAAGAAAGAGAUGACAACCAAAGAGAAGCAACGAUUGUAUGAAGCGAUUGGUUAUGAAGAAGACUUGCCUCAAGAGUUGCCAAAGGAUUUCAUUGCGCAUAAGAUUAAGUUUAUUAUUGAGAAACUGUUCAUAACUAUAAGCGAUGAUAACGUGAAAAUAAGUCAAUUGUCUCUAUUAAACGUUGGCCUAAACCUGACGCAUAUGCCGUCAUCCCAGUGCUUGGCCUUUAGCUCCCACGUCCAGUCUCUCUAUAUCUCAGGUGUCGGUGGAAUACCAUUACUGGAGGAACAGUCGACAAAAGAAGUGCUGUCUUUGCAGUUUGAUAUGAACCCAUUGGACGGACAAUAUGACUACGGCGUAAUUAUGCGAAUGUCUGGCUUUAAACUCAUAUAUGACGCCAAUACUAUCAAUACACUCAUCGAAAUGUUGUCUCCGCCUAAAGACAUAGCUCUGGAAGAGUUGCAAUCAAUCGCUGCCUUUAAAUUCCAGAGUUGGUCCCAAAGAACUGCAAUUGGUUUGGAGUACGCCAUCGAAAAACACAAACAAAUUAAAUUGAAUAUAGAUAUCGAGCCCUCAUUUGUGAUAAUACCUCAAUUGGGACACUUGGAGAAUGCAGAGAAUAUUCUACUGAUAUCUAUGGGUCACGUUAACCUUUCAUCUCAACUCAUACCGAGAACUGAAAUCCCAAAAGUCCGGGAUUUGAUUGCCAGACAUUCAGAUCAAGAUUUAAUGGAUAAGAUGCGGAAAAUGGCGUACGAGUCAUAUAAGUGCCGAAUCUCUGAAGUUCAGGUCAUUCUGAGUAAUGUCGAGCACUGGCAACAAGACUUGAAGAGAGACAGUCCAGAAGAAGUGGAAGAGACCGAUGAAACGGAUGGCGCGAAGCCAUUAAAAGCCGUCCCAAGAAAUAUAGCGACCAUUGAAUCGUCGAAAAUGAUGGCCGACGCUCUGAAUUUCGUGAAGGAAAGUGUGGCCAAAAUCGGGGAAACUUCUGAACCUAAAGAGGAAAAGGAGGAGUCGGACGGACAGAAAACGGUCAUUGCUUUCAAGAGUAUUGUCUUUGACUUCAAACUCAACCAAAUAUUAGUGACACUGUUUGAAGGCAAUGAUCUCUGUCCACCACAAGACAUCUCUUAUAUCCCGUGGAAUUAA